UUAUAAUUAAAUUAGAAAUUAAGAGAAUUCAAAGUGAAAAGAAAAAAUUUUUCCACCAAACAGCUGAUCGUGUUUACUUUUUCGUCAUCAACAUGUGACUUUUUGUUCAAUUGUUUUGAUUUAAUUCUGUUUUCAUGUUUCAUUUUAAUUGUUGUAGAUUUUUUCGCCAAGUGAGAACAAUUAAUUGUAAACAAUUUUCAACAAUUUAUGCUCUUUCCAGUGGUUUAAAUGAGAAAGGUUCAGCUGUAGCGGUUAUAAGAAUCUCUGGUAAUGAAACAUCAAAAGGACUUUCAAAGUUAAUUUCGGAGAAACAAUUUAAAUCAAUUGUCUCCAAUCCUAGGAAAGCCAUUUUAACAAGUUUAAUUAAUCCAUCAACCAGAGAAUUAAUUGAUAAAGGUUUGGUUAUCUGGUUCCCUUCGCCAAAUAGUUAUACUGGUGAAGAUUCAGCUGAGCUUCAUGUCCAUGGGUCGAAAGCAAUUGUCUCAAGAUUGUUACGGACUCUUGGGUCCAUUUGUGACCUUAAACCCGCUAAAGAAGGUGAAUUUACCCGAAGAGCUUUUCUCAAUAAUAAAUUGAACCUUAUCCAAGCUGAAGGAUUAUCUUCCCUGAUUGCGGCUAAAACUGAUUCUCAACUUAAAUUGGCCCAACAAGCAACCGAAGGACAUGUUGAAAGGUUAUAUUCAACAUGGAGAUCAAAUCUUCUUGAAUCCAUUUCUCAUCUUGAGGCGAUAAUUAAUUUCGCUGAAGAUGAAUUGAUUGAUGAGAAUAUUUUAAAUCAAGUUAAAUCUAAUGUCAUACAAUUGGAAUUCAAAAUUAGUCAAUUUUUGAAAGAAUCAACUCGAAAAAGUGAAUUAAUUCAAGGAGGUAUUAACAUGGCGAUAAUUGGUUUACCUAAUGUAGGCAAAAGCACUUUAUUAAACAAAUUGUGUAGACGAGACCUUUCCAUUGUUUCACCAAUAAGUGGUACCACUCGAGAUGUUGUUGAAGGAUUGUUGGAUAUUAAAGGCUGGUCAGUUCGGGUCAGCGAUACGGCGGGUUUAAAGGUCACUUUUGUUGAAGAUCCAAUUGAGUUGGAAGGUAUAAAAAGAGCAAGACAAAGAGCUGUGAAGGCGGAUUUAGUACUUUUAGUUAUGGAUGGAUCAAGUUUAAUCUCGGAUGAUGGCAAUGGUCAAAAUCAGUCGGUCAGUUUUUCACAAUAUAUCCAAAAAUUUGAUGAUAUCAUAAGUAAAGAUAAGCCAGUUAUCUAUGUCAUCAAUAAAUUAGAUCUUCUAAGUGAAAAUGAAAUUAGUCGAUUGGUGGAGACAAUUGGUGGCGAAAAUAUUUCCAUGAUUAGCUGUAAAACGGAACAAUCAUUUGAUAGAUUAAUUGAAUUGAUUGGAGAUAAAUUAUCUUCUCUCUGUGGUAAUAUCACAAGUGAAGAGAUUUUUAUCACUGAGAGACAUCAAAUUCAUUUACAACGGAUAACUGAAUCUUUAAGUGGUUCCCUUGAAUAUUUUGAUCAUGAUUUAGCUUUAACGGCUUAUUAUCUUCGUCAGUGUAUCGAUGAGAUCGGAAAUAUAACUGGUUCCAUAAAUACAGAGGAAAUACUUGAUGUUAUUUUCAAAGAUUUUUGUAUUGGAAAAUAAAAUCAACCAAUUGUAAUUUAUCGUAA